UUCAGCAGCUACUCGGUGAACUGCUUGAGGUGACAGCAGAUCAUUUCGGCAGCUGGCUUGUGGGAAAUUUAAUUCUUGGAGCAGGCAUUCUGGGUCCUGAGUGCUUUUCCCCAGCCCCAGCCCCUAGACCCCAGCUUAGUAAUCAGCCCUCACAGAACCGUCACGUCGGAGGCAACCUUCCAUCUCCGUUCCUCCCGCGCACAGGCAGGAUGAGCUGCUCCCCUGUCGGGUCAGAAGCUGCAGCUGUCGUUGGUUUCGGUUCGGCUGUUUUCAGCCCACAGAGAACGAACUGUCCUACUGCUCGACCCUCACUCUGCCCAGCGGACGCUCGGAGACCAGACGGACUUUUCCCGCCCCCUCCAGCCCAGCCUGGCCUCCCCAGCACGUGGCAAACGGCCCACGGAGGGGACUGGUGGGCAUCUGGGGCUCCCCCGGAUCCAGCUUAUUGCAGGGGCCUCUCUGCCACUCACUUGGCCACCUCCUCUCCCCCCGCAGAACCCCUUCAGCUGUAGGGGCCGGUCCACGGCCUCAGGCAGCAGUGGUCCAGCUUGAGUGACGGCCGCAUCCUACCUCCUGGCAGCGAGUGAAACCGAGCGGGGCCAGCACCCAGCUCAGGGGCUCAAGGGUGAGGCCGUGGGGUCCUUCCUCCUACCCUGCGGGGCCCUGCAGCCCCCAGUGUCACUUCCGUGGAUGUGGCCGCCACGAGUCCCUGCCGGGGCCUGGAGAGGCUGCGUGGGCUUCUAAGAGCAACUGUGGGAGACCCGCAAUGGGGGCGGGGGUCGUCGAGGCCCCCAAAGAGCCCGUCCUCCCCUGCGUGGGUGACUCCAUCCCCCCCGCUACCUCCUUUCUAUGACCCUCUCGGGGUGUAGGGGUGUUCCCGGCCCCACCUGCGCGCGGGCGGGUGCAGGGCUUGGCGGACACGGAGAAUUCCAGGCUCCGUGCCCUGAAAACACGGGCGUGAGGGGCGCAGGGGCGAAGGCUGGAGGCGGAGAACCCAAGAGGGGCUGCGGGGUCGGCCUGGGGCAGCGGGGCUGGAGGCAGCUUCGCUCCGCGGACGUGAGACCCUCCUGGGACCCUUCGCCGACCCGGCUGCGGCCCCAAGCCCCCCGCGUCUUCCCGGCCCCGCGCCGGCAGCGCCGCCCCCCAGGCCCCAGCGCCGUCCUCCCCGCGCCUGCUGCCCGCUGGGGUUAUUUUAAUACCGGGCGCUGGCGCGGGGCCGCGGCGCAUUCCCAGCUGGCGGAGGGCAGGUGGCGGCGGCGCAGGGACCCGGCGCGGGGCUUGGGGCGCGGCUUUUGUGGCGGGACUGGCGGGCGCCCCUGCCGUGCGCUCUGGGAGCCGAGGCCACCGCGGAGCCCCUCGCGCCCCCUCUGCUCCGGGACAGGGGAGCGCGCCUCUGAAAGUUCCCCGCGGCCCCGCUGCGGGAGCUGCCGCCCCGACGCGCGACCCCAGGCUCGGCGGGCAGGUCUGGCGGCUCCGUGACCGGAGGCAGUUCCGUGAGCUUCGUCCAGGCUGCUGACCUCAGCGGUGACUCCUUUUUCACUGGCUUCAUGUCACAGUUUGCCGCCCCCUCCACAGGGGACAUUCCAGCUGUUUCCAGCUUCUUAGGAGUCAAGCUGCCGUGAACUUUUGCACACUUGUCAUUUUCUGGACAUUGGCAGUCCUUUAUCUAAGGCUGAGCUGGUUGCCCACAGGUGCCCCCGCCCCAUCUCAGGGAGUGGCCACCCAGCCCUGAGCUGAUCCUGAGGGGUCAGAGAUGGCGCUGACCCCCGAGUCCCCGAGCAGCUUCCCUGGACUGGCUGCCACCAGCAGCUCUGUGCCGGAGCAGCCUGGCAGCCCCAACGCAACCCUCAACAGCUCCUGGGCCAACCCGACGGAUUCCAGCUCCCUGGAGGACCUGGUGGCCACGGGUGCCAUUGGGACUCUGCUGUCAGCCAUGGGCGUGGUGGGUGUGGUGGGCAACGCCUACACGCUGGUGGUCACCUGCCGCUCCCUGCGCGCGGUGGCCUCCAUGUACAUCUACGUGGUCAACCUGGCGCUGGCUGACCUGCUGUACCUGCUCAGCAUCCCCUUCAUCGUGGCCACCUACAUCACCAAGGAGUGGCACUUCGGGGAUGUGGGCUGCCGCGUGCUCUUCAGCCUGGACUUCCUGACCAUGCACGCCAGCAUCUUCACGCUGACCGUCAUGAGCAGCGAGCGCUACGCCGCGGUGCUGCGGCCGCUGGACACCGUGCAGCGCCCCAAGGGCUACCGCAAGCUGCUGGCGCUGGGCACCUGGCUGCUGGCGCUGCUGCUGACGCUGCCCGUGAUGCUGGCCAUGCGGUUGGUGCGCCGGGGCCCCAAGAGCCUGUGCCUGCCCGCCUGGGGCCCGCGCGCCCACCGCGCCUACCUGACGCUGCUCUUCGCCACCAGCGUCGCGGGGCCCGGGCUGCUCAUCGGGCUACUCUACGCGCGUCUGGCCCGCGCCUACCGCCGCUCGCAGCGCGCCUCCUUCAAGCGGGCCCGGCGGCCGGGGGCGCGCGCGCUGCGCCUGGUGCUGGGCAUCGUGCUGCUCUUCUGGGCCUGCUUCCUGCCCUUCUGGCUGUGGCAGCUGCUCGCCCAGUACCGCGAGGCCCCGCUGGCGCCGCGGACGGCGCGCAUCGUCAACUACCUGACUACCUGCCUCACCUACGGCAACAGCUGCGCCAACCCCUUCCUCUACACGCUGCUCACCAGGAACUACCGCGACCACCUACGCGGCCGCGUGCGGAACCCGGGCAGCGGCGGAGUCCGGGGGCCCGUUCCCUCCCUGCAGCCCCGCGCCCGCUUCCAGCGCGGUUCCGGCCGCUCCCUGUCUUCCUGCAGCCCGCAGCCCACUGAGAGCCUCGUGCUGGCCCCGGCGGCCCCGGCCGGACCUGCGCUUGAGAGUCCCAGGGACCCGGCGUGAGCACGCGGAGGGGCGGCUGGAGUCCAGGCGGGGACGGGCCCCAAAGCCUUAGCCACUACCGGGAGCCCCUCCACAGAGCCCCCCGGCUCCGAAAUCACAGGUCCUGCCCCUCCUCCUCAGUCCCCUUCCAGAAAGAUCCUGCUUGCUUCCCCUCAGUGCCCUCCCCGUGAUGCCCAGAAGCACCCACCCGCCCCCCUGAGGGUCUCCAGGAGGCUCCAGCCCAGUCCCGGCUUCUGGAGAUGGAGGGCAGCAGGCACCAGUGCCCGGCCCGUGUGGAGACCAUGGCGCGGCUGCCGCCCCCGGGACCCUCCUCCUCUCAGCCAGCGUCCCCGAGGCUCCCGUCCCAGCCUGUGUGGCUCCAUCCCUUAUGGCUUUGCCACUGGAACAAUCAACCCUGAGCUGGCUUCCGUGUCCUGCCUCAGCGUGGGGGAUGCCAGGUCUGAGGGGUGGGAGCAUUCACAGGCAGGACCCCCAGGAUGACACAGGCAGCUCAAGGAGGAGCCUGUGGGUCUGGCUGGGGUGGGGGGUGCACCUGCCUUUGAGGUCUGUGCAGGCGGCUGGUGUGGCACUUGAUAUGGGGCAGGGAAGGUGGCCAGGAGGGGAGGCUCUGGCAGCGUGGGCUGAGGGGUGGAGCAGGGGGAAGGCACUGCCCAGCAGAGGCCUGAGGCUUCAGGUGCAGAACCCAAGAGGCCAGGGUCACUGGCUGCACCUACGGCCCCCUGGCCUCUCAUCCACGUCUGGCUCCGGUCUGAUCAGGAACGGAAUCCAGGUCCCGCCUCACAGUACCCUUGGCAGUCUCUGCCCCACUCACCCCUCAGUGCCUCCUGGACAGACUUCCUGCCCCUGCUCUCAGCUUGGCCAACCAUCCUCUCUCUGGCAACUGGCCCCCUCCAGCCCCUAGCCCAGGCCCCGGACCCUGCACAGCCUCCCCCAGCCUGGCCUCCCCUCCCCACGCCAUGCCCAGACUACCAGCCCCUUGGGGCUCCAUCUGAACACUGGGGCGGGGGUCAUGCCCACUUGGUCCCUCCAGCGCCCGCCCCUCCGUGGAGUGAGCACAGCUCUGCUGGCAGGACUGUUGCAGGCGUCGGGAAUGAGCAUAUGCAGCCCUGUCCCCAGGGCCUCCCGGAAGAGGGGCAAUGCUUGUCGGUCUCCCCUGGAGUGAUGAAAGUGCUCUGGAACUAGACGCCGGUGGCUGGGCGACACUGUGAACAAGCCAGUGCCACAGAACUGUGCCCCUGAAUGUGCGAGUUCUGUUGUGAGUGUUUUACCUUAAAAACAAAAAGAUCCCACUCCCCAACCUUGUCCCUCUGUUAAAAUUGAAAUAGAGAUGGAUGUACGUCCCACUCCUGAAUACAUGUAAAAUGUGUACAAAAAUACCUUCUAUGAAAGUGGUUCAUAAUCUGUAGAUUGUAAUCUGGGAUUUGUAAUCUGUAGAUUGUAAUCUGGGAGAUGUCUUAGAUGUAAAAUCCCAUCUUUGGGUUGUGCGUUUUUUGCUUUCUCCAAAUAAAUCUGAUCUUUAAAAUUCAAAAGAAAAAAAGAAAAAAGAAAAAUAAAAGAAGGCUGGGUGCGGUGGCUCAUGCCUGUAAU